UCCCUGAAGCGGAUCAAGCGCUCUGACCGCCGCGGGGCCGAGUCGGUGACGGAGGAGAAGUUCACCAUCCUCUUUGAGUCUCAGUUCAGUGUUGGUGGCAACGAGCUGGUCUUCCAGGUGAAGACGCUGUCCCUGCCCGUGGUGGUGAUUGUGCACGGGAGCCAGGACAACAAUGCCACAGCCACUGUGCUCUGGGACAAUGCCUUUGCCGAGCCCGGCCGCGUGCCCUUCGCGGUGCCCGACAAAGUGCAGUGGCCGCAGCUCUGCGAGGCGCUCAACAUGAAGUUCAAGGCGGAGGUGCAGAGCAGCCGUGGGCUGACCAAGGAGAACUUGGUGUUCCUGGCACAGAAGCUCUUCAACAGCACUAGCUCUCACCUGGAGGACUACAGCAGCACCACAGUGUCCUGGUCCCAGUUCAACAGGGAAAACCUGCCCGGGAGGAAUUACACCUUCUGGCAGUGGUUUGACGGAGUCAUGGAGGUGCUGAAGAAGCAUCUGAAGCCGCACUGGAAUGAUGGGGCCAUCCUGGGCUUCGUCAACAAGCAGCAGGCACACGACCUGCUCAUCAACAAGCCUGACGGGACCUUCCUCCUUUCGGAGAUCGGCGGCAUCACCAUUGCGUGGAAGUUCGACUCCUCUGAGAGGAUGUUCUGGAACCUGAUGCCUUUCACCACCAGGGACUUCUCCAUCCGCUCCCUGGCCGAUCGCCUUGGGGACCUCAGUUACCUCAUCUACGUGUUCCCUGACCGGCCCAAGGACGAGGUCUUCUCCAAGUACUACACGCCGGUUCUCUGUGAGUCCACGCCAGCUAAAGCUGUGGAUGGAUAUGUGAAGCCACAGAUCAAGCAAGUGGUGCCAGAGUUUGUCAGUGCGUCCGGCGAUUCUGCCCCUGGAGGGGCCACCUACAUGGACCAGGCUCCUUCACCUGCCGUCUGCUCCCAGCCCCAUUACAACAUGUACACCCAGAACCCCGAUGCUGUGCUGGACCCUGAGGGCGACUUCGACCUGGACGACACCAUGGACGUGGCGAGGCACGUGGAGGAGCUGCUGCGGCGCCCCAUGGACAGUCAGUGGAUCCCCCACGCCCAGUCGUGACGGGCGGGCGCCUCGCCCCCCUGGCCCUGCGGGGACUGUACUGUGUUCGCGUCUCUGUGCCGGGGGGGGCGGUGGGUGGGCCCUGCCCCGGAGAUUUGCUCUGUGCUGCCCCGAAACGCAGGCUGGCGUCCGGCUCUUUGGUGUUUAUGCCCCUGUAUAAACAGCAGCGGAUUUGUCGCA